AUGGCUGAAACAGAGGCCAAGACAGUUACCAGCCCUCAAGACACUAGUCGAGAAGGGUCAAUCUGUGCUGGACAACAGACUCCACAAACUUCCGAAAAAUCUGAAAUUGAGCAUGGAUUUAUCGACCACUUCAACCAGGACGUUCGCACGUCACUAUUCGUUGAGCUCCAACUCUUAUUAAUAACGGUUUGCACAGGCAUUCAAGAUGCAACAACGUUCCCAGACUAUCACUGUUUUGCCUCGAACCAAACAGGCAAUACCAUUUUUCUAUGUCUGGCCGUGGUUAUACCAAAACUAAACGGCGACAUGUUCUAUACUGCCAACAUUGGCACGGGACUCGGUGUUUUCCUUUUCGCAGGGUGGUUAACAGGCCAACUGGGUCAUGUCGUCGGCCCUCGGAAGCGAUGGUGGCUUAUUCUGUGCAAUCUAGUACAAACUUGUCUCAUCUUUGGUGCCACCGCCGUUCAAUACCGGUAUGGAGUUCAUGACCACGGCCCAACAGCCAUUGCUGUUGUGGCCUUGUUGGCGUUUGCCGCCGGUAGCCAGGUGGUGCAAUCUCGAAGUCUGGCGGCAACUGAAAUCAGCACUGCCAUGGCAACUGCAGCGUGGGUAGAUCUUAUGAUUGACCGAAAGCUCUUUGUUUUGGAUAAUCGUCCUCGAACGAGACGCGUCUCGUUUCUUAUAGCACUUGUCGCUGGGGGUUUCAUCGGUGCCCUCAUUUACCGAACUGCUGGAUCAGCAGUUGCUCUCGCAGUUUCUGGCGGCGGCAAAGGUCUUGCUACAUUGUUAUACGCUUUUUCAGGGGCUGAGAAGAAAAAAAUCAAUACAUCCAUGGUUUAA